UUCACAUAGGCUUUUAAGCCACAUUGCUGAUUGUUGACUUUUUAGUGAAGUAUUUGUCCACAGAUGUUUUAGACUAAAAGUCAGAAAAUAAAAUGAUUGGGUACUUUUUUACAGGUGAGCCUGCAUGGAAUGAUGAGAGCUAGUGGGAACAAAAAUAGGGUAGUUUUAUAGUGUCCUGGAAGUCGUUUUGAUCUAUCUUAACGAUUUUGGGUCCCCGGCCAUCGUUUUAACAUGGUCGAUCUGAAGACAAGAGUCUAGUAGGUACCUCCAGUGACAUUUCCACUAACCUGUGGAAAAACAAUAGCUUGGAUCUGUGGUCCUUUAUGUAAUAUUACAAGUUAGUCAGUGUACAUUCAAGCUUACCAUCAAAUGUACCAGACAUCUCACUUGCCGUUCAUGUCACUGCAAUCGUUUAGCCAGUGAUCUAUACAUAAACCAUCCUCGUAUAACUCGGAUUCAAAACAAAAUGUAUUUCCGCUAAAAUGUGCUUGCAUAAAGAAUCUUGUAGAUGUAUUUCCAACUUCCUGUAUACUGUAGUUAUAAUAAAAUACUUUUGUCAUUAUCACAGCAAAUCCUAUAUUUAAAUUUUUCAGGGUAUCCGUAAGACUGUUCAAGUUUGAAUGUCUAGUUUUUAAUUUCAUUUGUGCUUUGUAGUUAUAUCAAACUUCAAUGGGCCUCAUUAUAUGCACUUAGCAGUAGUUACUUUAGGAUACCAAUAACUACUAAAUUCUUCUUUACAUACGAUAUCCCUUUGUUACUGGUUUGCAGUGUUAUGUAUGCUGACGAGUUAAGCAACUCUGUGCAGUCCAUUGAUCUCCAAGAUAUUACCCAACUGAGCAUAGGAAAUUCUGAUGUGAUAACGAACUCGGAAGACUCAGAGGAAACAUCCAUUCAGAAGUCAAUAAAAGCUGAAGCACAACCUAUCCUGCCUCCAGGAUACCAAAUAUCACACUGCCUUGCAGAAGGUGGAAUUGGUCGAGUAUAUUUAAUUGUCAAUCCUGAUACUAAGGAUUGUUUAGCAGCAAAAGUAGUCAACGUAUAUGGUCAAAGCAGUCUUCGUAGUAAUGCAAAAACUGGAGUUAAUGUAGCACAAGUUAGGGCAGAACUUCGCCAAGAAGCUGAGUUACAAAGACGCUUAAAACACCAUAAUAUUGCCACUUUAUAUGGAAUCAGAAAUACUCCUACAUUCACAUUUAUGUUUAUGGAAUUAUUGCCUGGUGGCGAAUUGUUUGAGCGUAUUCCAAUUGGUAUAGGAUUACACGUUCAACAGAUGUUUAUAUACUAUGCGCAGAUUUUAGAUGCGUUGAAUUAUCUUCAUAAUGAUCAACAAAUAGCACAUUUAGAUGUGAAACCGGAGAAUAUUAUGCUCACAAAGAAGGAUAGAGCUAAACUGAUUGAUUUUGGAUGGGCUGUAGAUCUACGAAAGCAAAAACUUAUUCAAGGAGCAGUUGGAACAACAAGUUAUGCUGCACCUGAAGUUUUUGGAAAAAAUCCCUACUUUGGACCACCUGCUGACCUAUUUUCACUUGGUGUUACACUUCUCACAGCUGUCACUGGUCAACGUUGUUGGUCACGUGCCAGUUAUGCAUCCGAUCCUGUAUAUCGCCAGUGGACCGAACAUAAAGAUUUACACACAGGUCCUGUGUUUUCCCGACUUCCUCCUGACUUAGCCAACUUUCUCACACGAGCCUUGGCUCAUCGUCCUUCCGAUCGUCUUACUAUUGAAUGCAUUAAAAACCAUCCUUGGUAUCGUCUUGGUCUUGCCCGACGUCUAACUCCUGUCGCGUCACCGAGAAGCAGACAAGACUCAGGUGUAUCUUUAAAUACUGUCGUACCAAGCAGCGACCGUACCAAUACUUCGCGCAGCACUUAUCAAGGAGAUGCACCAGUACCUUCAUCUCAGCCUACGCCAGUUUGUCAUGCUCAAUUAGAUUCUAUUGUAAAUAAUCACUUAUCUCAACCGGCUGAUAUUGACAGUAUGCUAAUGGCGUCUCAAAUGGUUGGAGAUAUUGAUUACGUUAAGGAUCGGCUUGGUUUUUCCUGUCUCAUGCGCCGUAUGACUCGAUUCUUUUCAGCACUCUCCUCAGUAGAACAUACAAUGGAGGUCAUUCGAGCUGUCGUCGUUCAAAGGAGACAUCUGCGGGCAACAAUCAAAGGAUCAAAUAACCUACUUGUGGAUAUCAAAACUCCGGAGCAUCCAGGAACUGCUUUCCGAGUAUUGUUAUAUCCAUUAGCUGGUUCGAUUCUUGUGGAUUGUCGUCGUGUCUCAGGUGAUGGUUUAUUGUUUCAUCAAACCUAUGCUGCAAUCUAUACAGAUCUUUCAGCUAUGGGUGCAGUAAAUAUAACACAUCCUUACUUACAUAUUUUGUUACCUGAAAGGCCUACAACAGAGCCUAAUAAUUCAAAUUUAAAUGAUAGUACUUGCAUUUCUGAAAAUUCACCAGUAGUUUACAGUGAAUUGACUCAAGUAGCCAUGGAGACAUAGAUUUAUUUCGAUAACAACCUAUAUUUUGACAGAUCUUUUACUUAUCCUGAGAUUUUGUGUGAAUAUUUUUGCAGUAAUUUACUUUGAAACUUAUAAUGAUUUCUUUAAGUCGGUUUAGAUUUUGUCCUCAAGUAACUUGUCCCCUCGCCUCGGUGUUUAUUUUUAUAUCCGUAUUAAAGAUUGCUUAAUGAAUGAAGUGUUUCUAUAUGUUCUUAAAUACAAUUUCUUCACAGAACGACGUCAUCAUUUACUUGUGAUUGAUUGAGUUUGGUAAAAUAAAUUGUACAACAGUACAUUGAACAUAGUAUAUAAUAUGCCAUUUUUCU